AUGGAGGUUUGGAACAAGCUGCUGGAGGAAGGCAGCGAAGAGCGAUGGAGGCUGCUGCAGCCAUCAGAGUACGCAGCAGAACAGCAGCAGGAGACUGGGAUCCCCCUGCACGAAAGCUACAUGUCAGAUAAGAGAAAAUUCCGUAUCGACAUCACCAAGGCAAACUCAAAAGACGCGGCAAAGUUGUGGUCCGACCCACGGUGCCUUCCUGGAGUGCUCAAGGGAUACUACGACUUCUCCGCCCUGCCAGUCCCCGUCGACGCCUCACUGCGUCGAGCUGGGCUGCAGUCAGCGUUCGAGGACAGUCUGGUCUCCAAGACCAACGUCGAGAUCCUGGUGUCUGCCAAGGGACUGCCGAGGAAGCGGCCGAUCAGUGUGGAUCCGAGAUGCUGCCUGAUCCGCUCGGGGAGGACGGGGCAGGGAGCGGUGUGGAGGGAGGAGCUGAAGACGGAGAGGCUGGAGGACACGACCUCGCCAAGGUUUCAGGUUCCCUUCAAGUUCUGCUUCUGCGAUGUCGGGGAGGACGAGGACAUGUUGUUUGUGAUAUACGAUGACCCUGACCCGAAGCUCGAGGGCUCCGAGGACGUGCUCUCCAGCGGGUAUGCUGACGUCAACCCCAACGGCCUCCUCCUCCUGAGCGUCAAGUGCUCCCCCGUCCAGAAGCGAUUCAGCGACACGGGGAGGACAAAGGAGGAGGCAAGAGCACAUCUGCCAGCUCCUGUCCAGUACAAGCCGAGGGCAAUGCGGGAGCUGGAGGCGUGGAGGCGCGAAGUUCAGGUGCAGCUGGGCAGGAUGAAGGCUGGGGAGGCAGGCAGGCGGACCCCCCUGCAGGACAUCCAGCAGAACCAGCGGGAGCCUCCUCGAGCUGGGCUAGAGCUGAACCAGUUCCUCCUCCUGCUGGAGAAGUCGCGGGUGCUGGACCCCCUGAGCUCCAAGAGGAGCGACGGGAUCGGGAUCAGCGAGAGCCUCCUCGGCUCCCUCCCCCGAUGCGAGGCCAUCGAGAUCUUCUCACGUCAGCUGGGGACAGGCCAGGUGGUCAGCUGGAAGGAGCUGAACCCCCUGCUGGAGGAGGUGGGAAGCGCGCUCCUGCGCAACCUCCAGCAGAGGGUCGGGCCGCUGCCGACGAGCAAGAGAGGAGGAGACGUGGGAAACCAGGGGAGGAGGUGGGUAAUGGAAGCGCGGGAAGGGGAGAGGACGGCGAGCCAGGAGAGCUCCUCCUCCUCCGUCGGGGAGCCGAGACUCGCGGUGAAGGUAGCAGGGAUCACGAAAGCUUCGAUCGCUCUCAAGAAAGUCCUGGCGGAUGUGAGGGGGAGAAGAUCGGGUUGGGGAGGAAGGGAGGAGAGGAGCAAGGAGGAGAACGAAGGGAAAGAGGAAGGGGAGGAGGAGGUAGAGGAAGAGGAGAGCAUCUUCGAGCCUGGGGCUGUGGUGAGCAGGCGGAGCCUGUUCGAGGAAAGGGCGGAGGAGGAGGCGCGAAGUCUUGCUGAGAGGAAGGAAUGCAUCAAGGAAAUCUUCUCGUCUGUUGCUGAUCGCGCAGAAGAGGACUGGACGUCCAACAUGCAGUGGCUCCUCGGGGGACGAACUCGUGCAGCAGUCGAAGCCUUCAGAGUGAAAGUGAGCAGCGGAAGAUGGGGAGACGAUCCGAAGGGAGAGGAGGGAGGAGAGGAGCCGGCAAGGGGGAGAGAUGAAGGCGGGAAGGAGGAGGAGGAAGGUCAUCGGAAGGAGGGGGAGGAAGAGGAGGGAAAGGAGAAUGGAAGGGAUGAAGAGGAAAGAGCGGGAAGGGAUGGAGAUGAAGGAGACAGAGAGCAAAGAAUGAGUGGAGGAGGAAUGCAAAACAACGUAAAGGAGAGCCAGGAAGAUGACGAAACAAACGAAGAAGAGAAGAGAGUUGAAGUCGUGAACAAGUUUCUUGAGAUGGAAGGAGCAGGAGCAGGAGCAGGAGCAGGAGCAGGAGCAGGAGCAGGAGCAGGAGCAGGAGGAGAGACUGGAAGGAGGAGGUUCUCGCAGGAAGAAGCAGUAAGGAAGAGAAGGGAGAUGCAGGAUCUGAUCGCAAAGAUUGGCAACGAGCUCGAGGACGCGCAGAAGGGUGGUUGGAAGCUCGAGAGCGGGAGGAGAAGAGUUCGGCCUGAGUCAGCUCCCAAGCACGUCAAGGCUCCUUCCUCCUCCUCUCCUCCCUCUGCCUCCCUCAAGCCCCUCAAGACAAGACCCAUCAGCGCGUUCGAGGUUCCGAGGAGGGCCAAGAUGCCGCUAGAUGGCAGAGCAGGAGCAGGAGCAGGAGCAGGAGCAGGAGCAGGAGGAAAGAUGCCGGCGCUUCCUCCGAGUGCAAGGAGGGUCUUGACGGAGCCUGGGAGGGUGACGCCAGGAGGGGGCCGGGUGUGGGCAUGGGAGGAGACGUCGGAGCUGGACAAGUUCGGGCUGGAGCUGAAAACUCUCCCGGCACCCCAGAGAGCAGGAGGAAAGCUCGUCCUCGCCACACACAACACGAGGCUGACCGUGCGAGAACUCAUCGAUAAGAGUCUCCUUCAGAAGGGGCUGGAGACUCCACGAGCUCUGAAGCUUCUCGACGAUCCCUGGCUGCCGUUCAGCACGCGGCUGCAAACAGCAGCAGGGAGAAAGGGGACCAAGAGGAAGUGA